GUGAGUGGUAGAGGCCUCAGGAAGGUCUCUUGAGAAAACCCAGAAGUAGGUUUGGGUGCUGGUCAGGAAGGAGGAUGAAGGAAACCUGCCGGAUCUGCGCCCGGGAGCUGUGUGGCAACCAGCGGCGAUGGAUCUUCCACACGGCAGCCAAGCUGAACCUCCAGGUGCUGCUCUCCCACGUCCUGGGCAGGGAGCUGUGCCGGGAUGGCAAAUCCGAGUUCGCUUGCAGCAAGUGUGCCUUCAUGCUGGACCGCAUCUACAGGUUUGAUACUGUCAUUGCACGCAUCGAAGCUCUCUCCAUCGAGCGCCUGCAGAAACUACUACUGGAGAAAGACCGCCUCAAGUUCUGCAUUGCAAGCAUGUACCGCAGGAACAACGAAGACUCUAGCACAGACGACAGAGCUGGGGAUGGGACUGUGGACCUUUCUAAUCUGCCUGAUAUACGGUACGCUGCCCUCCUUCAGGAGGACUUUGCUUAUUCUGGGUAUGAAUAUUGGACAGAUCAAGAAGAGCACAGCUGCCAUGCUUCAGAGGGAGCGAGUAACCGCUCACGGCGGUGCCGUGGCUGUGCCGCGCUGCGGGUGGCCGAUGCUGACUAUGAAGCGAUUUGCAAAGUGCCACGAAAGGUGGCCAGAAGCAUCUCCUGUGGGCUGUCCAGCCGGUGGUCGGCCAGCAUGGGCAAUGAGGAGUCAUCUGUGUGCGACGCAGCAGAGUCUGCCAGUGCCAGAGGGCCUGUGGAUGGGGAAAGCAUGGAGGAAGGCACGCCUGUGUCCUCUGUUGAGUCCCUGGACACUACUGUGGAGACGAGCCCUCUGCAGAAGGACGAAGACGCGGAUAAGGGGGUGAAAGGAAAUGGGAAAUGUGACGAUUUCUCAGAUGACCGCGUGACCCCAAACUCUUCACUGAGCGGGAACAGGCUGGAGCUGGCCCUCAGCUUGAUCAAGGCUUUGGACUACAAACCCCUGCAGAGCCCCCAAGGCAGCAGGCUACCUAUUCCUGUGAAGUCCAGCUUGCGCCCUCCCAAGCUCAGCCGUGACUUGGCAGAUGGCAGCACUUCUGCUGGCUUAGUGUGUGCUGGUUCUGCCUUCCUGAAUGCAGACAGAAAAUCCUUUUCCAGAGCUCCUUUGGGUGUUCCCCUGGAGAUUUCUGAACUGCAGGAGCUGUGGGACGACCUCUGUGAGGAUUAUAUGCCACUGCGGGUACAGCCACUGACUGAAGACGUGAAGCAGGGCAUUGCUGCUCCUAAUCUGCAGGAUGAACGUCAGCAGCCAACUCCAGGUGACCCUGCAGUGGGGGAGCAUGUGUCUGAUCUGUGUGCUGCAGAGCUGCAGGGCAAAAUCCAGCAAUUUGAAGCUGCCAACAAGUUGUUACAGGAAAAGCUGAAUGAAUUGAAUUUUGAAUUAAAAUCUGUCCAAGAAACAUCGCAGAGGCAAGAUCGUACAAUCCAGAGUCUGAAUGAGGCCCUGAAGAGCAAAGAAAGUAAGGCAGAAGAGCUGUACCAUAUCAUCAAAGGGCAGAAUGAGACAAUGGCCAAGCUGCGGGACAUGUUGCACAAAAGCCAUCUGGGACAGUUGCAGAUGACAGAGAGCCCACUCUCAUCCCAGGAGCAGCAAAUGUCGCUGCUAGAUCUUCAAAACACGCUUUUCUGCACCAAGCUGGAGGUGCAGAAACUGAAAAGAGCUCAGCGCCAGAAAGAGCAUCAACUGGUUGAAGCCAGAAGAGCAACCCAGCUCCUAGAGACCAUGGUGCAUGAGGAAGAGCAGCAGAAAGAGGCAACCUGGAAACACAACCAGGAGCUGCGUGCUGUGGUACAGCAGCUGCAGGCAGAGCUGCAGGACAAGGCUCAGCAGCUCCAGACUGUGGAGUGGGAGAAAUGCCGUGAGCUGCACGCCCAGGAGCAGAGAGUUCAGCGUUUGAGUCAGGAUUUGGCUCGCAAGGAACAGCUUCUGCAGGAAUCAAGAGAGCUUCUGAAAUGCCAUCAAAGCUUGGACAAGAGCCCUGCAGCCAUGAAUGCCAUGUUGGAGAAACUGCAGCAGCGAGUCAGUGAUAGGGAUGCUGCUCUGGAGCGAGCAGUAGAUGAGAAGUUCUGUGCGCUGGAGAAGAAGGAGCAAGAGCUGCAACAGCUCCAUCUCUCAAUAAGGGAGCAUGGAAGUGACCUGGAGAGGCUGCGCAAUGUGCUAUCCAGCAACGAGGCCACCAUUCAUAGCCUGGAGAGCCUCCUGAAAGCCAAAACCCUGGAACUAGAGCAGAUGUCAGCGACCUGCCAAAACCUCCGCUGGCUCAAGGAGGAGAUUGAGGCCAAAUCCUGCAACAGGCAGAAGGAGCAGGAGGGGAUCAUCCAGCAGCUGCAGACCUGCCUGCAUGACAGGAACAAGGAAGUGGAGGAGCUUACAGCAACUCUGCUGUGCAAGCUGGGCCCAGGACAGAGUGAAGUAGUAGAGGAGCUGUGCCUGCGUCUCCAGCACAAGGAGAAAAUGCUGCAGGAUCUCCUCAGUGACAGGAGCCAUCAGACCAUGGAGCAUGAUGCUGAAAUCCAGGAGCUGCUGCAGGCGUUGAGCACCAAGGAACAGCAGAGUAGAACGGCUGCUGAGAAGAUGGCGCACGCUUUGGCUGAAAGGAGCUGCGAGUUACAACUCCUACGCCAGCAUGUGUUGGGGAAGGAGCCUGUUGCGACCCAGUCAGCUGGUACCAGGCUAUUGAAGCAGGACAAACAGCCUAUGCAAGAAAUACUGCAAAGAGCUUGUGGAGCUACAGCCAUUGCCAGACCCUCACAGGGGGACAGCAGCUGCAGGACAGAGGGAGUUACGACGUCAGCAGCAGAACUGGAGAAGGAUCUUGUUAAUGCCAAAGAGGAGCUGGAGCUAAUGGCAAAGAAGGAAAGGGAAAGCAGGCGGGAGCUCACUGCUCUCCAGUCUGUCGUGGCCACGCAGGAGGAAGAGCUGCAGGUGCAGGCCUCGGAUAUAGAGUCCUUGACCAGGACCAUCCAGAUCAAAGAGGACCUCAUCAAGGAUCUGCAGAUGCAGCUGGUGGAUCCCGAAGAAAUUCCAGCCGUGGAAAGGCUGACACAAGAAGUGCUGGUGCUUCGGGAGAAAGUGGCCAUAGCAGAGUCACGAGGACAGGAGGCUACUGGAAACAGAAGGCAGCAGUUGUUACUGAUGCUGGAAGGGCUGGUGGCUGAAAGGAAUCGGUUAAAUGAGGCUCUCCAGGCAGAGAGGCAGCUGUAUGGCAGCCUGGUAAAGUUUCACACGCACCCAGACAGCACUGCAAGAGACCACACUCUGCAGGUGGAGUUGGAGGGGGUCCAGGAGCUCCGGGGACAGCUGGAAGAAGCUCUUGGAAGAAGCUUGGAGCGUUUGAGCAGGCUGGAGACGCAGGGCACUAUAGGAGGUCAGGCCACGGGGACAGAUGCUGAUGAUGCUAGCACCAACUUCACCAACAGCAUCGAGAAGGAGGCAGCCCACAGCGCAGUGACCCACCAUGUGAGUCGGGGCAGCACGACACUGGGAACAGGGUGGCAGAGUUGGGCACCCCCUAGGGAAAUUGGGGGCACCAAGAGGGCUCUGAUGGGGAGCACGGCACCUGCUGUGCCGGAGCGGGAGCUGCAGGCGGAAGAGGAGCUGCGGGAGCUGAAGGCGCAGCUGGAGGAAGCCGGCUUCUCCUCUGUCUCACACAUCAGGAAGGCGAUGCUGAGCUUGUGCCUGGAGAAUGCGGAGCUGAAGGAGCGGAUGGGUGAAGCCACAUCGCUGCUGGAGAGUGGGGAGCAGGAGGAGGCUGGACCAGGCGCCCCCCCAGUCCCUGAGCCCCGCAGGCUGCAGCGGAGGAGCCGCAGUACCCUUGGGGACCGCCCGGCUCGUGGCAGCAGGGAUGACCAGGGGCUCACGGCAGAGAGGGGAGAUGUGCCUGCCAAACGCCCAGCGCUGGAGGCACAAUCCCAGGAUGAUGUGCCCAAGAGACGCUGCCCUGGCACCCCGGGUGGAGGGGAUGGGAGCCACACGGAGGGCAUGGCCCCUGGCAGGGACUGGCCAGGGCUGGGCGCGGAGCUGCGCUCCCAGGUGGAGCAGGGCCAAAGGCAGUGCCAGGAGCUGCAGGACAAGCUUGCCGCCUCGGAGGCCACGGUGCGGGCACAAGCUGAGCAGCUGGAGAAGUACCACGUCCUACUCCGUGAACCCCACGCCCAGCAGCUCAGCAAGCAAGUGCAGGUGGACUUUCAGGACCUGGGUUACGAGACAUGCGGGCGAAGUGAGACCGAGGCUGACCGGGAUGAGACUACCAGCCCCGAGUGCGAUGAGCCAGAUGUAUUCAGCGAGCCCAGCCUGGGUGAGGAGCUGGGGUCCCCGUGCCGGCCAGGGAUCCCCAGGGUGGGCAAGGCUGCCCAGAAAGCCAUGGCCACAGCGGAUGUGGGGGCCCUGCACCAGCACAUACAGGACCUCAAGGCACAGCUGCUCAACGCCAACAAGGUGAUCCAGAGCCUGCAGCGCCGUGCCCGCUCUGUCUCAGUCACCAGUGGCUAUGCCUCGGGCGCUGAGCGGCCCCCACCAGGUCCCACAUCCCUGGACUCCCCAGCCCACAGCCUCACUGACGAGGACGAGGGCUGGCAGUCAGAUGGCCACAGCACCCUCUGCCCACCUGCCCUGCGGGCACACCGUGACCUGCAGCACCUGGUGCACCGUGUUGCCCUCCUCGAAGCACAGCUGCCCGCAACCAAGCCUGGAGGCAUUCUGCCCAAGGAGCUGCAGUCUGCCACCUGGCCAGGGAAGUACGACUCGCUGAUCCAAGCGCAGGCUCGGGAGCUCUCCCACCUGCGGCAGACACUGCGGGAGGGCCGCGGGGUGAGCCACAGCCUUGCCCAGCACCUUCACGAUGCCCUGCGGGCCUUUGAGGAACUCCUCCGUGGCACUGACAUUGACUACUACCUGGGCCAGGGCUUUCGGGAGCAGCUGGCCCAGGGCAGACAGCUGGCCGAGAGGCUCAGUGACAAGCUGGGCACCAGAGAUCAACAAGAUGGGGAGGAUAAAACCAGCCACGAACUCCUAGCACUGAGGCUCAGCCGGGAGCUCCAGGAGAAGGAGAAGGUGAUCAAGAGCCUGGAGGCAAAGCUGCAGGAGCGCUGUGAGUCUCCAGGCAGCAGCCGCCCGCCCUCUGAGUUGUCCCGCUCUGCCACCAGCGCCUCCUUUGUGUCGGAGGGGCUGGAGCCCUGUUCCGAUGGGGACGUGGCCAGCGAGUGCAGCCAGUGCCGUGAGGAGCCCGCCCGACUCGCAGGCCUUCAAUUUGAUUUCUUGUCCAAACCCGUUAGUGCCCCCCUGCCUGCUCUGGCCCCUGGACUGUCCCCCUUCCUGCCUGCCAGGCCACCCCCUCCCACCACUGCCCCGCUCCUGGGCUGCUGUGGGACCCCCAUCUGCUCCCUGGCUGAGGCACAGCAGGAGCUGCAGGUGCUCCGGAGGCAGCUGGGAGAAAGUGUGAAGCUGCCUGUGGCACCAGCAAAGCCCACAGCCCCACUGGGCCCCAUUGGAGAGGGCAGCAAAGCCCCAGUGUCGCUCUGCCGACACAGUGCGCUGCAGAGCCUGGCUGAGAUCCCCGGGGCCAGUGAGACCCACACCCUCUGGGAUGUAACCCCUCCCGGGCAGCCGCUUUACGGGGCCCGGCCAUCGGGGUACCCCUCCAGCCAGAAGCUAACAGCUGCAGCAGGGGCAGACCUGCUGGAGGAGCACUUGGUGGAGAUCCGCAGCCUGCGCCAGCGCCUCGAGGAGUCCAUCUGCACCAACGACCGGCUCCGGGAGCAGCUCGAACGUCGUCUGGCCUCCAUCGGCAAGGCCAGCGGAUUGCCCAGCGAUGUCUAUCCCCGGGGGCUGAAGCCAGGGCUGCAGCUGAGUGGGGAGAACCAGGCUCUGCGUGAGGACAACCGGACCCUGCGGCUCCAGUGUGACCACCUCUCCCAAGGGCACUGGGUGAGUGGGGUGGCAGUGACACCUCCAUGCUCUCUGUCCCCAGAGCUGGCGCGGGUGCAGGAGGCACUCCUGGCUGCCUGCUCCCGGGCGCGGGAGGCUGAAGCAGAGCUGGGCCAGAGGUGUGGGAAGCAGCAGAGGCUGGUGGAGGAGCUCGCCGAGCAGCAAGAAAGCAUCCGGCAGCUCCGAGACGAGCGGCGCUCUCUGCAGGAGGACAGCAACAGGCUGCAGCACAUGGUGACGCUCCUGCAGCAGCAGUGUGAGGAGCAACGCCUGCUCCUGCAGACCUUGCGUGCAGAGCUGCACAUCUACGAGAACCUCCCUGGCCCCUCGGCUGAGACCCGUGCAGGCUGCUUCCCAUCUCCUCCAGUAAGAGAUGUUGGCACGAGCUCAGCAGCUCCCCACUUCUCUUCACUCCCUUGUGACGAGCCAUGUGGGGCAGACCCACUGGUGAGGAAGAGUGAGGGACCGACAGGGGCUCACGUUGUUGGACACCUGGACACCUACCGGGCCCUGGAGCAGCACAUCCUGGAGGGGAAGGUGCUGGCCUGUGAGCUGAUGUGUCUCACACGCCCGGCGCUCGGGCUGCCCAACUGCCCACUCCCGGGAAAGGAGGUAAAGUGCGGGCAGGAUGGGGUUGGUGGUGGCAGGGGGACGGACCCUGCUCUGUGCACCAUGCAUAAAGUGGCUCCUGAGCCCACUAUCAGCCCCGAGCCUUGCAGGGCUGGCAAGCAGCAGGUAGCGUCCAGCCUGGGGGCUGUUGCCGGUACUGCCCUGCAGUGUUGCGCUGGGCACGGCGAGUCCCCAGGUGCAGAGGGAUGCAGGUGCCCCAGCAGCACCCGCUCCCGCACCCUUCUCCCCCAGGCCCUGGGGUGGGCAGGCGCGGGGCACCUCUGGGGCAGCGCCAGCACCCUGCACCGCGUCCUGGAAGAGUGUGCGUCUCUCCUUGCUGCUUUCUGGAGCACCGUGCUGCCCAUCAGCCCUGUCCAGCACCAGGGCAAGGAGCAGGCACUACAGAGUGAGAUUGCAGCACUGCGGGCCCAGCUCUCCGAGAGGGAGGAUGCUCUGCGGAGCACAGCUGAGAGGCUGCGCAGCACUGCCCAGCUCAAGGACAGCAUGGAGCAGUUCAUUGUGAGCCAGCUUACCAGGACCCACAAUGUGCUGCGCAAGGCCAGGAUGAACCUAGAGGUGAAGGCCCAGCAGACCCUGCCUGUUGCAUGAGUCCCAGGCAGGGCCAGGAGCAAUGCCCCCAGCUGCAGAACAGCCUGCUGGCUGCCAAGCCGUGCCACACCGUAGGGCUGGAGUUGGACCCUGCCCCUGCUACUGCUGAGGGCUGGGGUGGACAGGGUCUGGGGUGCCCAGUGCUGCACAGUUAGUGGGUUUGGGUUUCCGUGGUGGUUGCAUGCCCUCCAUCUGCCUUUGCUGGGGCAUCACAGCAGCAGCUGCUGCCUUGGGCUUUGCUUGCCCCAUGCUUCAGCGUUUGCCCCCUUCCACCCAUGGUGCUUAGAGCGGGGUGUCACAGCCCUCCACACUGAGCAUCUCUUGCCCUGGGACUUGGUCCCCUUUGUAACCCUGCUGUGUACCACUCCCUGCUCGUGGAUGUAUGUAUAUGUACAUAGAUAGAGGUAUCGGAGCUGCAUUUUGGGGGCUCCCCAGGCAUGUUGGGGCCCCAGUGCGGGAGGAAGAUGUAAGAAAUGCCAUAUUCUGUUCAGUGGCUGGAGAGCCCCCAAUAAAGGUUUCCUUUGGGUUGUGA